AUGACGACCCCAGUACACGAGAUCGACGAACCGAACUACUUCGACGAAGCUGCCGCGACAGAUGCCACUGGCAAUCGUGGUCGUUCCCACUUGAACCUGGAAACCCGUGAUUUACCAUCUGGGAUCCCGGAGCGCUCCCCAUCUGCUGUCCGCGAGUAUGCCUUGAGACUGGACGACGACCUGGCCGUGCUGGAGGCCGAAAGAGUCGUGUCCAAUUCACAGAGAAGCGAUGGCCCUUCAUUGCAGCGAUCCCGCUCGCAUCCGUCCCAGGCCGUCGACGAGUUUGACGUUGCGACUAAUCCUCUCCACGAGACCGCUGCCAUUUACAACCCACCUGAGACCCCGACCACCAACUUGGCUAGGAUUUUCAAGCGCAUUCAUCAGUCGAGCUUCCUCGUCCGGUACUUCUUUUAUAUCUCGCCCGUCACGCUGAUCAUCUUGGUUCCGUUGUUAUUGGGAGCUCUGGUAUUCAAAGAUGCUAGUGUAGGCGGCGUGAAACUGUUGUGGUUCAGUAUUUGGUUAGAGAUAUUCUGGUUAACUCUCUGGGCUGGUAGAAUUGCCGCAAAAUGUAUUCCAUAUGCAUUGGGUAUCAUUACCACCGUGUUCACCAAUAACUCGAGAAAGUGGCGGGAUCUAGGAAGAAUGCUUGAGCUCCCAAUAACCCUUUUCUUCUGGUGGCUUGGUGUCGAAAUCUCCUUCUUGCCAACCAUGACCAACCACCAUCUCGACGGCAACAAAGAAGUCCAGUCCUGGGAAAGCACAAUGAAUAAAGUGAUCGUAUCCAUUUUUGUCGGUGCAAUUCUGAACCUCAUCGAGAAGCUCAUCAUCCAGUUGAUCGCCAUCAGCUUCCACACCAGAACUUACGCCGAUCGCAUUGAGAUCAACAAGUUCCAGAUUGGCAGCUUGGUCAAGUUGUAUGACUAUUCGCGCCACACCAUCUCUGAGAAGGAUGAGGAUUUCGAGGAGUCCGGCAGUGCCGGCCAUUCGGGCACCAAGACCCCGAUGAAUGUGGCUGAUGCGGCCCUCCGUGUUGGCAAAAAGACUCUCAACAAGGUUGGCGAUGUCGCUGGAACAGUGGCCGGCGACUUCACUGGCCGCAAAGUCACCAAGAGCAACCACCCUCAUCAAGUUGUCCUCACUCUUCUGAGCACGAAUACCGGCAGUCAAGUGCUGGCUCGACGCCUCUAUCGAACUUUCUCCAGACCCGAGUUUGAUACCGUUUUCUCCGGUGAUCUUAAAGCCGCGUUCGAUAGCAAUGACGAGGCUGAAGCUGCAUUCACUAUGUUUGACAAAGAUAUGAACGGAGACAUUUCCAUGGAAGAGCUUGAAGCCGUCUGCGUUGAGAUUGGUCGCGAGCGGAAAUCCAUCACUGCUUCGUUGAAGGAUCUAGACUCGGUCGUUUCAAAGCUGGAUGGAGUUCUAUUUUUCAUCGUCUGCGUGAUCACCCUGAUUGUCUUCUUGUCCUUGAUCUCAACGUCGGCGGCCGGAGUGCUUACCUCCGCUGGCUCAUCGAUCCUGGCGCUUUCAUGGUUGUUUUCUGCAACAGCGCAAGAAUUCUUACAGUCUGUCAUUUUCGUGUUCGUCAAGCAUCCGUUCGAUGUCGGUGAUCGUGUAACCAUCUACGGCAAUACCGGUGAUAACCUUACAGGGGAUGACUACUUCGUGAAGGAGAUCUCUCUUCUCUACACCGAAUUUAAGAAGAUGCAGGGGCAUAUUGUACAGGCUCCUAACAGCUAUCUCAACACUCUCUUUAUUCUCAACCAGCGCCGUUCUGGUGGUCUAGCAGAAGCUGUUCCCAUCGUCAUUAAAUAUGGCACUUCUAUUGAACAGAUGGACGCCCUACGACAACGACUACUCGAAUUUGUGCGUGUGGAAAAGCGCGAAUAUCAGGGAAACAUUAUCACUGAAUUACGCGAAGUCACCGAAGCCUUUUCGUUGACUCUCAAUAUUGUAUUUUUUUACAAGUCCAAUUGGCAGAACGAGGGACUUCGUCUUCAGCGACGCAACAAGUUUAUUUGCAUGCUGAUGGUAUCUAUGCAAGAGAUCGGCAUUGAAGGGCCUCGCAUGAACCUCCAAGGAGCUCAUGUUGAUUACCCCUUCCACCUCAGCCACCACGGGCAGCCGCCUAGCUACGCAGCGUCUACCGUCAACAAUAAUAAUAACGACCCACGCCAGCCUGCGACCGAAACAAUUCUCGAGGAACGAGAGCCUGGCCUCACCGAGAAUACGGCGACUAGUACUGGUAGUUCUGUUCGACCCCAGCAUUCCAUUCUGCGCAAGGGCUCCGUUGCUGCUGCGGCUCGUGCUCGUGGUGAAUCCCUCUCUAGACCGGGUCGUCACGUCGAUUUCUCGUUGGGCACCUCGCAGAUGGCUGCUGGUGAUCUUAUGGGCGAUGUCUUUGAAGACCGAAAUCCCUCGCGGCUCGAAGAAGUCGUUCGCAACGCCAAUCGUGAGGCUUUGGAGCGGCGACUGCGUGAGGACGAGGCGGCUGCAAGAUCGCCUCGCCCAUCGAAUUCAACGACGCGUGCGCGCGUGCAGGGCGGUCUUGGAGCACCAGAUGGUCGCCAAUCGACAGAGUCUCGACAGUCUUCGCGGGUGAGUCGGUCAUCCUCGGCUCACCGGAAUCGUUUCCUGUCGCGCUUCGGAUCGCAACACACCAGCAGGCGGGGACCUGAUGAAGAAGACUUGAUGGAGCAGGGGCGUUACGAAAUGAGCGAGGUUCCUUUAGAGCCGGAUUCGACGUCCCCUACGACCGAAAGAUCGCCUAAGGAUAAUUUGGCGUGA